AUGACCACCGCAGCCGUCUAUGGCGGACUCUGGACCUUCGAGAACUACGGCCCCGUCACGACAACAUUCACCCCAGCCCCUAGCUGUACGGCGACAGACAGACUCUCACUCGCCGCGAUUUACGGCGAUAUAACUCAGGUGCAAUAUCGGGUUGCUUGUCCAACAUCGACGAGUGACUGGGAUUGUCUGCCGCCCGGCACCACCACAUCCGCAACAUGGUUCGAUGAGAAGAAGUGGAUCGCUUCUGAUGGAUACUACUCGCCAGGACUGCACUGCCCUCUCGACUGGAAAACAAUUGGUAUUGCUGAACGUGACGAUGAGACUCUCAGUACCUCCGGAUACCUGGUGACUCCUGAGACUGAAGAACCUUCUUGGCAACAGCCGGCGACCUUGCUGGCGAGUGCUUUGGAACCGAGUCAGACAAUGGUGCUUUGUUGUCCGAGUUCUAUGACUCCAGACGGCCUUGGUCAAUGCACGGCCCUUGUCCCAAGCUACAAGCCAACCGUUGGCUGCGAUGUCUACGUGGAUAAUGACUAUGUUUGGGAGACGCUUACCUGGACACAUGUCUAUUCCGGUACCACGAUGACAAACACAUACCCUGUCAAUUCAUUCGUGAGCGCGUCAACAUCGACUUCCUCGACAACCUUUCCUGUUGCGGCCGAGCGCUUCUUGACUGCUGUGUCUUUCGCUCCUAUCAUUACGAUGAUUCAUCAUCAGUCUGAUAUGGACGCAGCUGGAAUUACAAAACAUCAAGUGCAAGCCAAUUCAACGGCCACCGGUACUACGGGGUCUACUGGUCCUCUCAGGUUGGGCCUAAAGGCUUCUACUUGGGAUGGCUUUGGUGCAGUCCUCGGAGGUUCUGCUGUUGCAAUGGCACUAGGUGUGGUCAUGAUCAUUCUGUGA